UGGAUCCCACAUAUAUAGUGGUUCCAAUGGAGUGGACGGCCACAGACAAACCGCUCCGGCAUCAUGACGCGAGCCGCUCUGCAAAUGGUCUGCCUCUGCUCCCUGCUGAUCUUCAGCAGCCACACCACCGGUCUAACUGCUGCUGCAGCUCAGGGAUCCCGAUGCAUCAGCCUGGACGAGCUGAAUAAUCGCACUGACAGGUUUUGGAAGACUCACAGCAACAAACUGAGUUUCCCCCAAAACCUGCUGCAGGACGCGCGCACGUGCGCGCAGACGGCCAAGCAGAUGCGCGGAGACGUGAGCAGCCGCUCCCUGGCCCCGUGGAGGUACAGCCUGAACCAAGACGUGGACAGGUUUCCUCGUGAGAUCGCCUUCGCGGAGUGCGUUUGCCAGGGCUGCAUCAUCAACCAGCACGAAGAUCUGAGCUACAACUCUGUGCCUGUGUUAGCUCAGCUGAUGGUCCUGAAGAAGACUCGGUGCCCACGUGACCCAAACAAAUAUGUGAUCAAGAAGGAUUUUAUCAAGGUCCCUGUGGCUUGUACCUGUGCAGUGCCCAGACUCAUCUCUUCUGAGAGCGCCUCCUGUCCAUGCACCUCUAUCCCACGUCCUGUCUCAGAACCUCAGAACUGUUAG